UUUACAUGGCGCUGUAAUCUGUACAAUAUAUUUACUACCUAUCAAAUGCACGUGUUUUUAUUUAGUUUUUGUGAGUUUAUAAUUUAAUCUUUGUAAUCAAUGUCUCGUCUUAUUGUAAAAAAUUUGCCAAAUAAGGUAACACCAGAAGGACUUAAAGAAAUUUUCAGUGAAAAAGGGGAAGUUACUGACAUACAACUUAAAUAUACCAAAAAUGGUAAAUUUAGAAAUUUUGCUUUCAUUGGAUACAGAAAUGAACAACAAGCAGAAGCAGCUUUGGAAUAUUUUAAUGGCACAUGCAUUAAUUCUAUGAAGAUAGACAUUCAAGUUUGUGCAAAUUUGGGAGAUGAAAAGAAACCUCGGGCAUGGAGUAAAUAUGCACCAGACAGCACUGCAUACAAGAAAUUACAUAAAGAUGAAAUCGAAAAUAAAUCUGAAGAAAAGAAAAUUAAGAGGAUAGAGAAAAAUAAAAAUAAAAUUAAGGAAUUACUUAAAAAGCAUAAAGAUGACCCUUUGUUUGCUGAAUUUAUUGAUGCGCAUGUAAAUGACAAAACUGCUUGGAUCAAAGAAACAUAUCAAGAAGUUGCUAGAAGUGAAGAUGAGGACAGUGGAGUUGAAGAAGAAAAUGAUAAAACCACUGCAAAUAAUGAUACAGAGCCAAAAACAGUACUGAAUAAUGAAGUCUCUAAUAAUGUAGAAAAAAAUGCAGAUAAAAAAAUUAGCGACUUAGAGUACAUGAAGUUAUUGAUGAAGAAAGUACAAAGUACCGAACAAGGUACUCCACUACAGCAAGAUGACCAAACACUGAAAAAAAUUAGGAAUAGGCCAUUAUUUCAUGUAAAAGUUACUGGUCUACCAUUUAAGUGCAAGAAAAAAGAUGUAAAAGAGUUCUUCAAACCAUUAGUACCAUACUCAAUUAGACUACCAUUGGGUAAAGGAAAAAAAAUAGCUGGAUUCUGUUAUGUUGGUUUUAGAACAGAAAAUGAAUUGAAGAAAGCACUUAUCAAAGAUAAAUUGUUUCUAGGUAAAAAUCGUUUACAUGUUCAUAAGUUUGAAGAUAAAGCUAAAAAAGCUGCAGAAGAAGAAGAACAAACAUUUCAAAAGAAAAAGCAAGAGAAACAAAACAAUGAAGAAAGCAUCGGUGAGAGUGGCAGCAUUUUCAUUCGUAAUCUUGCUUAUGUUGUAUCUGAACAAGAAGUGACCAAUCUGUUUGAAAAAUAUGGUCCACUGACUGAAGUGAACAUGCCUAUAGAUCCGGUAUUGCGCCGACCUAAAGGAUUCGCGACCGUUACAUUCAUGAUCCCGGAAAAUGCUGUCAAAGCGUAUACAGAACUGGAUGGCACUGCUUUUUGUGGUAGAAUGCUGCACCUGCUACCUGCUAAGACUGAUAAAUUGGCGAAUGAAAGUGAUGAUGAGGGUUUAUCAUUCAAGGAAAAGAAAGCAAAGAAACUAAAAGCUCAGGCCAAGUCAUCACACAAUUGGAACACACUGUUUUUGGGCGUAAAUGCUGUCGCCGAUGUUGUAGCGGCCAAUUAUAAUACCACUAAGGAGCAAUUAUUAAAUGAUAAUAAUAAAAAUACAAGUGCUGCAGUAAGGUUAACCUUAGGAGAGACACAAUUAGUAGCAGAGACAAGAAAUUUUCUCGAAAGUAAUGGAGUCUAUUUAGAAGUUUUCAAUAAGCCAGCAAAAAGAAGAUCAAAAACUUGUAUAAUAGCAAAAAAUUUGCCAGCAAAUACAGACAAAGAUGAAUUGAAAGCAUUGUUUGAAAAACAUGGUCAUAUAUCGCGGUUCUUGAUUCCGAAACAUGGCAUUACUGCCUUAAUCGAUUUUGUAGAACCAUUUGAAGCGAAAAAGGCGUUUAGUAAAUUAGCGUAUUCUCAAUAUAAAACUGCACCUUUAUAUUUGGAAUGGGCGCCAGAGAAUGUAUUUGUUAAACCAGAUAAUAAAUCUGAAACAAAUCCAUCUGAUUCCAGCACACAACAAAAUACUAUUGAGGAUAUUGUACCAAACAAAUCAAGUGAUAUAUCACAUGACAUAGUAAAUCAUAAACAUAGUAAACAGAGCAAACCAUUGGAAGAUGAAAUAAAAAUUGAUGAGACUAUCAAUGAUAUGGCAGAGCCAGAAACGAAUACUACAUUAUUUGUUAAAAAUUUAAACUUCAAAACCACUGAAGAUAACUUAAAAGCACAUUUUUCAAAAUGCGGAAAAAUACAUAGCAUUACAAUAGCUAAAAAGAAGGACCCUAAACAUCCAGGACAGUUCUUAUCAAUGGGAUAUGGCUUUAUUCAAUUUUAUAAACAACAGGAUGCAAAUGAAGCAUUAAAAUUGCUACAAAAUUCAACACUUGAUGAAAAACCAUUAGAAUUGAAACGUUCAGAACGAGGAAAUACGAACGAAAUUAAAACAUCCAAGAAGAGCAACAAGGUGACAUUACAAAAUGGCACUAAAAUACUUGUGCGGAAUGUACCGUUCCAAGCAAACAGAAAUGAACUCCAUGAAAUAUUCAGGGCAUUCGGCGAGAUAAAAACACUAAGAUUACCCAAAAAGUUGUCACCUGGUUCGGAUCAACAUCGUGGAUUUGCUUUCAUAGAUUACCACUCUAAAGCAGAUGCCAAGUCCGCAUUCGAAGCACUAUGUCAAUCCACUCACUUAUACGGAAGAAGAUUAGUAUUGGAGUGGGCGGACCAGACCGACGAGAAUGAAAAUAUAGAGGCAUUAAGAAAAAGGACAGCUCAGACUUUCAAUGCCAAAUCACCAGCAGGAAAAAAAUCGAGAAAAGCAGCAGUAGACGCCGAGACAUUUGUUGAUGGUGAAGCGUAAGCAAUUUACACGUUAAUAUAUUACGUGAAAAGUAUGCUACUGCUUGGAGACAUAGAAGUAAAUUAGAAAAAACUCGAAUCACUCAAAUGUAAAUAUCAGAUUGGAAGGAAUUAAUAAUUAAAUAAUUGUCAGAUACCUAUUGUUGAUAAAUAAAAUUUUUUAUGAUUACUCUUAGUCUACAUUUUCACCGAACUACUAGCCGCUGCUCUCUCUCCCUCCCAUUCCCAUAGAAAUUUCCAAAUAUUUUAUUUACCUACAGGCUGUCCGGUGGCAGAAUCAGGAUUUAAAUUUUGGUUUUCUCCGAAACCGUUAAGCGACGGAGAGGGGAGGGGACCGCGUUCAUUUCGUCAUUUGUGCGGGUUAUUUAGUCGCAAUGUCGCAGUGGACGGGUGAGCAACAUGCUCUUGCAAUCGAAGCGUAUUUCAAAGCAAUGAUUCGUGUGUAAUUGCUCGUCGAAGAUUUUGUUCGCGAUACAAUAUUCGACGGUUACGUGACGCUCCAAGAAUUGAUUCGAUCAUGGGUGCGGAUGUUCCGGACAACAAGUUCAGCAGAAAAUAACCCACAACCGGGGCCUAGCCGGAUGUCCAGAACAACUGAAAACAUUGAACUCGUCAAGUCCAGUUUGCACGAGAUAUUGAAGAAGGAUCUUAAGUUUCACCCAUUUAAAAUUCAAAUUGUUGAAACCAAAUGAUUACAUUUUGCGAGAAAAAUUCUGUGAGACAAUGUUGGGGCGAUUUCGCACGGUGAACACUAUCAUUUGGAGGGAUGAAACCCAAUUUCAUUUAAAUGGAAGUGUAAACAAGCAGAAUUGCCGUUAUUGGUCACCUAAAAGACAGAACCCACGCUUAAAACAUCAAAAGCCACGUUACAGUCCUAAAGUCACGGUAUGGUGUGCAUUAUCAAGCAGUGGAAUAAUUGGACCCUAUUUUUUUUUCGAAAAUCGUCAAGAGCAAGCAAACCUCAGUGGACGGUGUUGUUUAUCGGCGCAUGCUGAACGAUUAUUUUUUUCCAAUAAUGAGAGAACAUCCUGCCUUCACUUCAUACGCAUGGUUUCAGCAAGAUGGCGCCACGCCUCACACUGCUAGGGAGACCAUGGCGCUACUUCAUGAUUUCUUCCCUAACAAACUGUUUUGAUGACAUUCCCAGGUUGCUAAAUAUUACACAGAUGGACUUUUUUUUGUAGAGAAAAUACCUGAAAAGUAAGGUCUAUAAAACAGGUCCAGCGACUAUCUCGGCACUAUAAGAAAAUAUCAUUCGCGAGGUUCGUGGCAUUUCGGCGUCACUACUUCAGCAGGUGACAAGAAAUACUGAAGCCAGAUUCCAAGAAUGUAUCCGUCGUGACGGUCAUCAUUUAGACAACAUAAUUUUUAAGAAAUAAACCUGCAUUUCUUUUCUUUAUAACAGUUAAUAAUAAAAAUAUAUAUCUUAUGUA